CAUUCUGGCCCAAAUAUGGCCUGUUCAAUCGUGUUCCCACCUCUCUUACAAGUGGGUCCAGUUGUGGCCCGCGACCCAGGCAGCCCCCUCACCUCUUCUGUCGAAGCUGCUGCCGUCGUCGUCGCUGACACCUAUCGCCGCUUCCAGAGUCGCCGGCGGCGGGUGUUCUCCCACGCUGCUCGUGCGGUGAGGGCGGCGAGGCGGCGGGACGUGAGGAUGAUGGGCAGCAACAGCGGCGGCGGGGGCGGAGGCCCUGGCGGGGGCAUGGGUCAGGGCAUGGGCGUGCCCGUGGGUGGAGGCGGGGACGGGCGGCACGACGACGAGGCCGCGCUCACCGAGUUCCUCUCCUCGCUCAUGGACUACACCCCCACGAUUCCCGAUGAGCUGGUGGAGCACUACCUCGGACGCAGCGGAUUCCACUGCCCUGACCUCCGCUUAACGAGAUUGGUUGCUGUAGCCACCCAGAAGUUCCUUUCGGACAUUGCAAGCGAUUCUCUUCAGCACUGCAAGGCCAGGGUAGCAGCACCAAUCAAAGACAAUAAGAGCAAACAGCCUAAGGAUAGGCGCCUUGUACUAACUAUGGAUGAUCUUUCUAAAGCCUUGCGUGAGCAUGGUGUGAACUUGAAACACGCUGAGUACUUUGCAGACAGCCCUUCAGCAGGAAUGGCUCCUUCAACGAGGGAGGAGUAGAUUGGAUUGAGCCAACCUGUACCAAGUGUCUAAGUGGAACUGGGAAUUAUACAGGGAUCAUGUCAAUGAAUAGCCUGUCCGCAUUCUUGCCCAAUUUGAUGUAACGGUGUACUAGCAUAGCCUCCAAAGUGUGGACUCCAUCGCUAUUCGUGCUGUAUUAUUACUGACCAUUAGAGUCUGAUUUCAUACUUAUUAAGAUUGUAUUAUCAGUGCUGAUUAGUCUGUCUCGGUUAGAUUAUCAGGAGACAAGUUUAUCUUAUCCAUGUCUGAAUUGCUG